AUUCUGUCACGUGAAUUUCGGUAAGCGGGUCAUGGCGUCAUGUGAGCGGAAGUGGCCGUCAGAGGUGUCAUGGCGCCGGGAAAGAAGCGUCUGUCCUGGAGCGUCGGGCUUUAAACGCUUCGUUGGCGUUAACGUCUCUAACCCGGCGCACGGCUCGUGUUUCUGUUUGACGGCGUCAGGAUGGAGUCUGGCACGAGCUCUUAGCUUUGUGAGAGGAAGUGAAGAUUUGGAGCAAAGAAGAAGAAGCGCCAGCCUGACUCAUCCUCACAGCGGCGGCCAUGUCUCGAGGCGAGCCGAUGUCGGACUCUGCUCCGUUCUUCUCCUCUGACAGCGAGGCGGAAGGUCCGGAGGAUCAGGGCACCGCGACGGCCAAUCAGCAGCCAGAUGAGGAGUCGCCCAGCGGGGUGUCCAGAGGCCGGGCGUUGGUGAUCGUCUUCGUCCUCUGCUACAUCAACCUGCUCAACUACAUGGACAGGUUCACCGUGGCAGGUGUUCUCCCUGACAUAGAGCACUACUUUGGGAUCAGCGACACAGAGUCUGGCUUACUUCAAACAGUUUUUAUCUGCAGCUACAUGUUCCUGGCUCCUGUGUUUGGUUACUUGGGCGACAGGUACAACAGGAAGUACAUCAUGAGCGGCGGCAUAACAUUCUGGUCGCUGGUGACGCUCGCCAGCUCCUACACGCCCAAAGAGCACUUCUGGGCGCUGCUGCUGACUCGAGGCCUGGUCGGCGUCGGCGAGGCCAGCUACUCCACCAUCGCUCCGACCAUCAUCGCCGACCUCUACGUGAAGAGCAAGAGGACCAACAUGCUCUCCAUCUUUUAUUUUGCCAUCCCUGUCGGCAGCGGUCUCGGCUACAUCGUCGGCUCGCAGGUCAGCAGCAGGGCAAAGGACUGGCACUGGGCGCUGCGGGUGACUCCGGGUUUGGGGCUGAUCGCUGUGCUGCUGCUUCUGUUUGUGGUGAAGGAGCCGAAACGAGGAGCCGUCGAGGCCCGACCCGAGAAUCGCCUGCACCAGACCAGCUGGCUCGCCGACCUGCGCGAUCUCAGCAAGAACCGCAGCUUCAUGUUGUCCACGUUCGGCUUCACGGCCGUGGCGUUUGUGACGGGCUCUCUGGCUCUCUGGGCGCCAACGUUCCUCUUCAGGGCGGCCGUCUUCAACGGGGAGAGGGCUCCCUGCAUGGAGGCUCAUUGCGAGUCCUCAGACAGUCUGAUUUUUGGGACCAUCACCUGUGUCACCGGCGUGCUGGGUGUGGCCAGCGGCGUGCAGGUGAGCCGACAGCUGAGGAAGAAGACGGCCCGAGCCGACCCGCUGGUCUGUGCCGCCGGUCUGCUCCUCUGUGCACCGUUCCUCUACCUCGCCAUCAUGUUCGCCCAGGCGAGCACCGUCGCAACAUAUGUCUUCAUUUUCUUCGGGGAGACGUUCCUGUCCAUGAACUGGGCCAUCGUGGCGGAUAUUCUUCUGUACGUAGUCGUCCCCACUCGACGCUCCACAGCCGAGGCUCUGCAGAUCGUCGUGUCUCACCUGCUGGGAGACGCAGGAAGUCCCUACCUGAUAGGAGUGAUCUCCGACUCUCUGAGGAAGAACGACUCCUUCCUGUGGCAGUUUCGGUCUCUGCAGUUCUCCAUGCUGCUCUGCGCCUUUGUGGCUGUGGUGGGCGGAGCUUUCUUCCUCGGGACCGCAGUCUACAUCGAAAGAGACCGCGAGCGAGCCGAGAACUACGCCCCCACAGAUGAGCCGAUCGUGGUGCCGAAAAGCGGGCGCUCCACCCGGGUUCCGGUGUCCAGCGUCCUGAUCUGAGGAACCUGGCGGAGGUUCUUCGCCACCUGCGGCUGGUUGUGUCUCACCUGUCGGUGUCGCAGACUCUCUGCCGUGCAGAAACGCUUCAGGACACUUUUUAUUUUUGCAGAUUUGAUUGCUUUUUAUAACCUUUUCUGCCAGGAAGGCUUGAGAGCGUGUUCUUCAGCUCGCCUCUCGGCUCGGCGGCCACGUUUCAGAGCGCGUAUGGCGUCGAGACUCGACCGAAGCUGCUCCGUGGACUUUACUGACCCCGCUGUCAUCACUCAGCAGCUGAUCUGUGAUCAGCCCGGAGGCAGAAAGACGGAUGACGUCGUGCUCUCGCGUCUUUCCAGCAGAAGCUUCGUUAAUCACUUUGAUAAGCGCGUUUGAGCUGUUUUAGUUAGAACACUAACUCUCUCCUGUUUCCUUCAGCGCCUCGACCGUUUCACCUCUCAUGGUUUUAAAGAGCCUCUAUUUGAAUCCCACAUCGGCCCCCGACCCCAGGCCUGACCCCUGACCUCUGACCCCAUCCCUGGACACUGUAAACAUGUAAUUUUUAAUUUUUUUGAAAUGUUUUUAUUACAUUUUCCUUCCAACAUGACUGACACAUGAAAACUGUCCGUGGCGACUCUGACUCCAUGGUUACGGUUGUCGUCGUCCCCCCCCCCCCGGAGGAAACGGCUUUUCACUGAAUGUUAACCUCGAAUAAUUUUUCUGAACUUUUCUGAAUUAUUAAAGGAAAAUGAACCUGC